AUGAAUGAUCCAACUUCCAAUGAAACAUCUUUACUAAUACCCAGACCUGGUGUUCCUCUUGAUCAAUCUGAUAAUCGACAAUCACAUGAACGAAAAUUAGCAAUACUCAUCAUUCUUACCAGUACUGCGUUGGAACGUCUUGCAUUCUAUUCAUUAAUAAUAAAUCUUGCUACUACUUUACAUUUGAGUGAAGUUCAUUGGGAUACUACAAAUGGUGUAACUGCGUCGUUUAUUUUCUUCGGAACAAGCUAUAUAUCGACAUUGAUCUUCGCUGUUUUGAGUGACGCUAAAUUAGGUCGAGGUAAAACAAUAAUUGUUGGAUUCAUUUUAUAUUUAAUCGGUUAUCUAUUUGUUUCCUUAAUCGCAAAUACAUCUACUCAUUCAUUUAUCUGUGGUAACCAACCUGCCAUUAAUUCAACGAAUAUAGCUUCAAUAGUUAACGAACAUUGUGUUGGUCCAGUCAUAGGCACCCUUAUGUUUACUGCUAUCGGUGUUGGUGCCGUUCAAGCUAAUAUGGCUGUAUUUGGAGCUGAACAAGCUCAAGAAAAAAAUGGGAAAAUACGCUAUUUUGAUAAAUAUAUUAUAGCAGUAAAUAUGGGUGGUAUUUUUUCAACCUUAGUCGUUCCAUAUAUUCAAGUCGGCCAAAGUCAUCCCAAUCGAUUUUUUUAUGGGUACCUUUUUGCAGGUGUACUUCUUAUAGUUUCCACGUUAUUGUUUAUUUUUGGUUAUCGAUUCUAUAUUCAUAUUCCACCUUAUGAUACGAUUAUCACAAAAGUUGUUCCUGUAAUUAUAAACGCAUUUCAGACACGACGAAAAUAUGCAAAGGACCAACGUCUAGAAGCUAGCGUUCGCAAAAGUUCAGCUUCAGGAAAUCUCUUAGAAGAUUCUAUUAGUGAAUCAGAAGAUCCGUUGCGUCCCAUCAAAGGAAGUUCACAUUCAAUUUUGAACUUUGCUAGAUUAUCUAAUAGUGGCAAAUUUACGGAUCGAAUUGUUAAUGAUGUUAAAUCACUAGGAAAUGUUAUCAUUGUAUUUAUUCUAUUGAUACCAUAUUGGCUUGUUUAUUACCAAAUUCAAACAACAUUUUUUUUACAAGGCGAAAGUAUGUAUAUACCAAAAAUUUCAAAUGUAACACAUACAGAAAUGUUAGUAACAUGGAUGUCAGUUGGUGAUCAACUCUCGAUCAUUAUUGGCAUCUUAUUUCUCAAUGCAUUUGUCUAUAAAUAUUUGGCAGCUUACGAUCAAUCAACUGUAAUACUGAUAAAAUUUGUUAUCGGUAUGAUUUUAGCGUCGGUUACUAUGUUUAUUGCUGGCAUCAUUGAAAACGUUCGACAGCAACAAUGCCAUCCUGGCAUGAACAGUUCUGAUUUAUCUAUACUUACUCAAUUACCACAAUAUAUGUUUAUGGGUUUAUCUGAAGUAUUUGGUAUGGUAGCUAGCUUUGAAUUUGCCUAUUUGGCUGCACCACGUUCAGCUCAGUCAUUCAUCAUGAGUCUACGCUUUUGUUCAUUAGGAUUAUCAUCAUUCAUAAGUGAUGCAUAUGUAAAAUUGAUGACAGUAACUCUUAAAAAGUUUGACUUCGACUGCCCAAAUAGUAAACAAAUAUUGUAUUUUUAUUUCUAUAUUCUUGGUGGUAUUCAAUUAUUGGCUACCUUAAUUUUUAUUUUAUGCAAUCGAAAAUUUCACAUACUUAAAUUAAUUUGGAAAAACAAAAAAAAUAACCAAUUCCUAUGA